AUGAAACAUUGGCCAUUUGAAGUGGUCAGUGAUGGAGGCAAACCAAAGAUUAAGGUAGCAUACAAAGGUGAAGACAAAACCUUCUUCCCCGAGGAAGUAAGCUCAAUGGUGCUUACAAAGAUGAAGGAAACAGCCGAGGCAUACCUCGGCAAAACGGUGCAAAACGCAGUCAUCACGGUUCCAGCGUACUUCAACGACUCACAAAGGCAGGCCACAAAGGAUGCAGGUACCAUCUCUGGCCUUAACGUUCUCCGAAUCAUCAAUGAACCCACUGCUGCUGCGAUUGCGUAUGGUCUUCACAAAAAAGGAAGUGGAGAACGUAAUGUCCUUAUUUUCGAUCUCGGUGGUGGUACUUUCGAUGUGUCCAUCCUGACCAUCGAGGAUGGUAUCUUCGAGGUUAAAUCCACCGCCGGUGACACGCACUUGGGAGGCGAGGACUUCGACAACCGCAUGGUGAACCACUUCGUCCAGGAAUUCAAGAGGAAGUACAAGAAGGACCUCACUACCAACAAGAGAGCGCUCCGUAGGUUAAGAACCGCCUGUGAGAGGUAUAUAAAAAGUUAUAGAGGUAAUAUA